CGCCUAUCCAUAGCGAUACCUAUUUUGCUCAUCUACUACGACCCGCCAAUCUACCACCAUAGCGUCCCUACAUCGAAACCGUACUCACACAACAUCCCUGUCGCCCUCGAACUCCAUUAGCGUCAGGAUGGCACAGCCUUCUUCUUCCCAAAGGGAGCGUGAACGCGAGCGCAGCGAGCGGUCCUCCCGUCAUCAUCACCACCGCACUAUCUCAUCUACCACGCUUCUCCUCGUCCUGUCUUUGGUUCUCGCCGUCCUAGCCGUCAUGCUCACCCUGCCAAACACCCAAACAGCAACUGGUGGUGCGACCGGCGAGGGUGGUCAACAGCAAGGUGUCUGGGGUAUCCUCACUCCAAAGCGAUCCCAGGUCCUCAUUGGGCGCGAAAGCGACGUCGCUAAACGUGAAGCGGAAGUGGCACGCCGGGAAGCAGAAAUUUUGGCCGGUGCUCCAGGCGGUGUUCUCCAGACUCCGCAAUGCCCGCCCUGCCCAUCUGUCAUUGAGAAGGUUACGGAGGCUCCUCUUCCUCCUCCUCCGGUCCAGACUGUCAUCAAGGAAGUCUUCAGGGAGGAGGCCCUCACACCGCCCGGCUGGUGGGACCAAGCGCGCAUUCGCGCUGAGGAUAUCCUGGAUCGCGAGCUCAAGAUCGCGGAGCGCGAGCGGGAAAUUAGCCGCCGUGAAGAAGCAGUUAACCGCAGGGAGCAUGACGCGUCGCGUCGCGAAAACUGGAUCAUGGAGCAGCUUGUCGUGUUGAACUCUGAUGAACCCGCGGUCGAAGAAGAGGAGUUUGUGUACGAACCUGGACCGCCGAGCCCUAAGCGGAAAGCCAAGGUUGUUCAUCAUGCUCCCCAAUUUCAAGCUCUUCCUCCACCUCUUGUUGUUACUGAAACAGCCGUUGAAGUCGCGUUCGAAACCGAGACAGUCACUUUCACCGAGCAUCACACCCAUACUCUUCCGACAAAAACCGUCACCGUUCCCGCUCCUGCCAACACUCGCAUCGUCGCUUCCCCUGCUCCCGAGGCCAAGAGGCAAUCGUCCACUCCUUCCAUUCCUCGGACGACCAGCAUCGAACGGGUCAUUGAGGAAGUUGUCGAUACUCCUUCUCCCAUUAUGGAAGAGAUCGAAGAAGAAGAGGAGGAGGAGGCGUACAUUCGUAUGGGUCGUCCUCGCAGGACUCCCAACAGCUGGUUCGGCUGGUAAUGUGUUGGCACUGGUGCCAGUAUUGUACGUCUGUGAUGAGUGUUUUACGACCUUGGUAUGACUGUCAAACGAUUGCGAACUCUCCUUUCCUCCUCCCGCUCGCUUACUCUGCUCAUUCUUUUUUGUGAGUUGUACGAACCCCUCAUGCUUGUGCCCUCUCCUCUAGAUCCGUUACCAUUUACACGUGUGCGAUACCCUACUCACCUUGUAUGUACUUGCUGCUUGCGACACGACCCCUGACGGAUACUCCCUCAGCACGACUUGUACACGUCUCCGUUUUCCUGCUGUGCUGUUUGGCUAGUGUAGAGUAUUAUAGGGUACCUUUGGGGUUUGAAUACAGCCGUUGCCAGGUUAUGUAAAUUGUUUACAAC